CCUAAGCUUCUCUUCCAGGUCCACUGCUCCAUUCUUCCUGUGCACUGAAUGGCAACUUUGCCCUCUGGGAGAAGCAGACCUGCCCCCCUUCACACCAGGGAAUCUCUAUUGGAAUGAUGACCAUGAGUCUGGGCCCCUUGUUGUUGGUCUUUGUGCUGGGUUUCGUUGUGACCCCAUCAACUCUGGCUCAAAAUGACGCCAGGUAUAUCAAAUUCCUGACUCAGCACUAUGAUGCCAAUCCGACCGGCCGGGAUGACAGAUACUGUGAUAGUAUGAUGAGACAACGAGGACUUAAUUCUCCCUGCAAAGGUCGCAACACCUUUAUUCAUGGCAACAAGAACAGCAUCAAGGCCGUCUGUGGAGAAAACGGAAACCCUUACAAAAAUAACUUAAGAAUAAGCAUCUCUAAAUUCCAGGUCACCACUUGCAGGCUUACAAGAGUGUCUUUCGGGCGUUGGUGCCUGUACCGAGCCUCCAGAGAUUUCAGACGCAUUGUUAUUGCCUGUGAAAAUGGCUUGCCUGUCCACUUUGAGGAGUCUAUCAUCAGUCUAAAGCAGGCAGACCCCUCGCCCAGAAAUGGCUCUGCUUCCUUUUUAUCCCCUCUUAACCCAGAACAAUGAUGGUAACAUUCACUGACAAUGGCCAG